AUGUUUUCACUUGUAGUCACAGCAACCAUUGCCAUUGUCACCUUCGGUGGCAGGUUUCUGCUCAUAAACGCAUCACAGCAGGCGACGCCCGGACAGUUUACUUAUCAGGCCUCUCUUCGCAAGGGGGACGAUCAGUUUGUCUGCAGUGCUGUGAUAAUUCAAUGUCAGUUACUUUUGACAGCAGCUCAUUGCACCGUCGGAGAAGAUCCAAACGAAUUCCAGGUCGUCGUGGGAACAAUCUUCUCGACUGGCACUGAUGGAACAGCCUACAAGGUGGCUCGAUUUAUCGAGCACGACAAUUACAAUGCAUCAACAAACGAGUUUGACAUAGCGCUGAUCAAAACAUCUGUAAUCAUCGAUUUCAACAGUUUCGUUCUCCCAGUUCCCAUACCUCCUAAUAUUAAUUAUGAUCACUUUCCGGGCGUUACCGUAUCCGGCUGGAAACUGCUCAAUGGUUCGAUAGCAGAAAAACUGCAAUACACCGAAAUGAAAGUCAACUUGUUGACUGAGUCAACUGCAAAUCAACCCUACCGUAACUACGUACAAACCGACGGAAGCUCAUGUCCAAUUGUUUCAAACGGUGAGCCACUGGUGAACAAUGGAUUUCUCGUUGGGAUUGGUGGUGGAUUGCCGUGUUCAAUUUAUAACACCACGUUGUUUGCUAGUGUUAAUGUUCAUGCAGCAUGGAUCUUUAAGGCUAUGAACAUACCAUUGGAUAAUUAUCAUAUAAUAACUGUGCAUGGAAUCCACAAAUGCUGUCACCCUUGCCCCAUACAGUCACCGUUUAGGUAAAACGAAACACAUUCAAAUUACAAAAAACACUGAAUAUAGUAAUGAUGAAU